AUGCCUGUAUACAAGCCUGCCCAGAGUCAAUGCCUGCAUAACAGCCUGCCAAGAGUGUAUGCCUGUAUACCAGCUUUCCAGGAGUAUAUGCCUGAAUACCAGCCUGCCCCGAGUGUAUGCCUGUAUACCAGCCUGCCCAUAGUCAAUGCCUGCAUACCAGUCUGCCCAGAGUAUAUGUCUGUAUACCAGCCUGCCCAGAGUGUAUGCCUGUAUACCAGCCUGCCCCGAGUAUAUGCCUGCAUACCAACCUGCUUAGAGUGUAUGCCUACGUACCAGCCUGCCAAGAGUCCAUGCCUGUAUACCAACCUGCCCAGAGUAUAUGCCUGUAUACCAGCCUGCCCAGAGUGUAUGCCGGUAUACCAGCCUGCCCAGAGUAUAUGCCUGUAUGCCAGCCUGCCCAGAGUGUAUGCCUGUAUACCAGCCUGCCUAGAGCCAAUGCCUGCAUACCAGCUUGCCCAGACCUGCCCAGAGUAUAUGCCUGUAUACCAGCCUGCCAGGAGUAUAUGCCUGUAUACCAGUCUGCCUAGAGUCCAUGCCUGUAUACCAGCCUGCCUAAAGUCAAUGCCUACAUACCAGCCUGCCAGGAGUAUAUGCCUGAACCAGCCUGCCCAGAGUAUAUGCCUGUAUGCCAGCUUGCCCAGAGUGUAUGCCUGUAUACUAGCCAUCCCAGAGUGUAUGCCUGUAUACCAGCCUGCCCCGAGUGUAUGCUUGAAUACCAGCCUGCCCCGAGUAUAUGUCUGCAUACCAGCCUGCCCAGAGUAUAUGCCUGUAUACAGCCUGCCCAAAGUGUAUGCCUGUAUACCAACCUGCCCAGAGUGUAUACCUGCAAACCAGCCUGCCCAGAAUAUAUGCCUGUAUACGAACCUUCCCAGAGUGUAUGCUUGUAUACCAGCCUGCCUAGAGUCAAUGCCUGCAUUCCAGCCUGCCCAGAGUAUAUGCCUGUAUACAAGCCUGCCAGGAGUAUAUGCCUGUAUACCAGCCUGUCUAGAGUCCAUGCCUGUAUACCAGCCUGCCUAG